AUGUCUCCCUCAAAGCACGUUUCUGGCCCGCGCGUUGUGCACAUUCGUCGCUCUGACGCGGCUGAUGCCCAUGUCCUUCUCCACGUUUCCCGCACUGACUCGUCCACCCUUGAACUGGGCAUCACUGCGACGGAGGGAGACAGCCCAUAUACCACGACUGUGCGACAGGCUCAGCUGAAAAACCUGCGAGCGAAACAGUACCAAGGCAGCGAUGACGAAUGGAGAGACACCAUCCUUCAUGUUCUGGGUCUCCUGGAAGAACCAGAAAAACACUCUGAUCUCCUCACCGGCAUUGAAGUUUCGGCCACCAUCAACGGAUCCGGGGAUGAGGAUAAAGAGCUGGUAUUGACCGUGAGAAAGAGGAUACAGGACAUCACGCAAAAACUAGGCUCGUUGACGCUUAGCCAAGAUGACGAACAGGCUAUCGAGUUAUUUGAAUGGUCGAAUAUUGCCGUCGCUAGAGCAGAUUCGAUGGAGGAACGUUAUACAACACUGCUCGCUCGCUUCCGGACAGCGGAAGACACCAUAAGCUCACUCAACAGACAGCUAGACGAGUUGAUUUCAUCGAAAAGUCUGCACGAACAGCAGCUCAUGUCUGAUUUCGUGCACCUUUUAAACGAGAAGAAACUAAAGAUUCGCAAUCAACAGCGCCUGCUUGCAUCAGCGAAGGUCGAUCCAGAAAAACUCUCUACAAUACAGAAAGCGACGGCUGCAGACCGCUCUAAGCCAGAUGCGAAAGGUCGGAAUCAAAAGCGCUCCGCGCGAGCGAUUUUUGAUGAUAACUCUGAAAGUGAUGGUGGAUUUGAGAAGAUGGACGUUGACCAGAAACAGCGGGCAGAUGAAGGUUCGGGUCAGGAAACAGACGAUCAGGAACAAUCAACACCCCAGCCUAUGGAAGAUGAGGAUACAACUACUGAUGAUGAAGGGCCUGCCGCAUCGACCCACGUUACGAAGAAAGAAGAAAAAGAAAAGCAAGGACCGCCCGGGCGCGCCCUAGCAAGAUCACCACCUCCAAGAAGAGAGCUACCUUUUGCAAGAAGGGCACAAAAAGAGCCGGUCCCGGCGAAAUCGCCGCCAGCGCAGGACUCAGAUGAGACAGAAGGGGAGACGGAUGAUGAUGAACUAUAG